UAGAGACUCAACAAAUAUAUACAUGUACAGUUUUAAAUAAACAUUAUUCUGCAUAAAUUCAUAUUUACUUUCUAGUGUACUGAUGUAAUUAUUAAGCAAUUGACUGAAAUUAUUAAAUACAUUACAAACAAUUCAUUUAAUCAGUGAUAAUGUCUGACCAGAAGUUUAAGCGAAAAUGUUUGGUUUGUGACGAUAAAGCUCUCGGCAAGAAUUUUGAUGCCCUGUCGUGUGAGUCGUGUAAAGCAUUCUUCAGGCGUACGGCACUGAAAGAGACGGAGUUUAAGUGCGAAUUCAAUGACAACUGCAAAAUCGAUGUCUACACCAGAAGAUUCUGCAUUAAGUGUCGGCUCCAGAAGUGCCUCGACAUCGGCAUGAAAAAA